AUGAGCGAAAUGCAUGCUCAUACAAAUCAUGUCUCAGCCAAUCAGCUGAUAAAGCAUACGCUUCUAUCAAAGGCAGAUAACUGUAGUCAAGUCAGCAGUAAUGGCUUUCAUCCUUCUUCAUUCGGGCAAAACAGAAAACCCAAAAAAAUGGCACUGAAUGAACCCCCGGAGAAAAUCUUUUCAAAAAUGGCACUGAAUGAACCCCCGGAGAAAAUCUUUUCAAAAACAAGGGCAGAACAUGGACAUACAAAUUCUGUACAAAAGAAAAGAAACCAUGAGUCACACAUAUCUUCUACAGUGAGAAGGUCUGGCAUUGAAAGGGCCAGAUUAGUAGUGUCCCUGACAUCAGAUAAACAUGAAGACAGAGUGGCCAGUGUAGGAUCACAGUCAGAACUGCUUGUCUCUGCUCUGAAGCCGUUCAGGUGUAGAAACAAGGGUCCCAUGGAGACAGAGUCUGGCUCAUUUGUGUGUGCAGCAUCAGGAACCACUGCACAAGUAGGCACUAGCACAUCAACUUUGCUUUCUUUGAUUUCUGGGGCAGUCAGUGUUCCACGGUUCACAGCUCAUACAUGCAUAUCUUCAACAGCUUCUGAAUACCCAGCAUGCCCCACAAGGGAUUCCUGGCCGUUGUUAAGAGAGAUGAUAUCCAAGCCUCCUGUGACUGUUGUGAGCAUCAGUCCUGCUCCCAGACAGACACUGAGCACAGUGCAGCUGCAGCCAGCACAUGAAGAACCCAAGGCCAGGCUCGUCAGCAAGUUGCAGAAGGAAAUCAAAUGUGAAUGCAAAUUUAACAGAGGCCAGCCAUGCUGGUUUCUAUUUCAAGAAGAUCGGCUACGAAAAGAGAGGCUGCAUCACUUGACUUUGAAAAGAGAGUCGUUAGACUUGGUGAUUUUAGCAAAGAUUGCUGCCAACAUUAACCGGGAAGAGAAGAGCAAGAAAUGCCAUGGACGGGACAGACAAAGGUGCAGAGUGUGUUACUAUCAUGAAGGUCAACAGAUUUGUAGAGAAACAUUCAUGUUUAUACAUGGCAUAUGCAAAGGACGAAUGUGUGCUUUAUUGCAGCAUUAUAAGAAGAAAGGUUUAAGUAUCAGGGUGCAUGGAAACAGAGCCAACAUUCCCCAUCAUGCCCUGAGUGAUGAAGAUAGUGAAAGAGUUAUAGACUUCAUCCGCAAAUAUGCAAAUAACCAUUGUCUCUCCACAUUUGGUCAUGAGCCACAGAGUAAAGCACUGCUAAUAAUGUCCGCGACAAAGUCCAAAAUGUCUGUCCAUCAUCAGUAUAGACUCUGGUGCUCUGAGAACAAACAUAGAGUUGUUUCACUGCGUUCUUUUCAAAACCUAUGGACUAAACACUUGCCUUACAUUGUUGUGCUCAGGGGCAGUAAUAAAACUCCAGUCCCUGAGUCAACAUCACAUCAGGAUGUCUUGGCUUUACCAGAAGAAGUAGACUUUGAAGAUGAAACUGUACCAGAAGUUAGCACGGAAGGGAAUGUUCACCUGCCCCUCAGUAGCGUCAGUUGUAUGAAUACAGAAGGUACAGCCAGAGAAGUGGAUGUUGUGCGCAGUGAAGUUUCUAGACAGAGUCAUUGUGAUUCUAGCACACAGGCAGAUUUGGAUUGUUUCACAAAGGUAAAAAUAAUCAGAAAACGCAAAAGUUUACCGCCACGAAAAGUAAAAAUGUCAUCCGGCCUGCCCGAGUCAGCAGAAGGAGAUUUGAAGGCAAAAUACAUCUUGGGUGAGCCACACGUAAUGCAUACUGUUAUAGGUAGGGACUGUACUGAUAUCAGCCUCAAGAUCACUGAUAACAGCAGUGAUGCUCGUGGGAUUCAAGGCCCAUUGCAGCAAAUGGACUCACAUCCUCCAUUCUUUAAUGGUGAACAUAUUUCUCACAUCACAGACUUAUUACAGAGUCAUCCAACAGUUGCUGGGGACGGACAGACUACUGUGACCUUGCUGGGAAGCAAAGACAUCAGAUACAAAAUGAACAAACCAUGUAUACCCUUGACAACAACUACCAGUUCCUAUCCUCCGCAGUGCUUGCCUCAACCCUCCCAACUCAUGGAUACCAACUGUAUGCCAUGCUGUGACACAUCUGUCCUAUCACAUGAUCUGUGUGAGCAGACACAGUCUGUGCUCCUGUCUUCUCAAGGCUCAGAUUUGUCAAACAUUCAUCUACUUGACUGGCAGACUUGGCACUCGUACAGUGAAUUCUGA